GAGUCGCGUUUCCACGCCACCUGUGACGGUCAGCGGCGGUUGCCCACGGCUCAGCGCCUCCGCGGACUGCGUCCGGUCGUUGCCAUGGCAGCGAGCGCUGGGGGCCCUGGAUCUUGGAGUGAAAAUAUACUAGAAUAUUUUCUGAGAAAUAACCACAUCACAACAGAAGAUGGCGCUGAGAUCAUCUGGUAUCAUGCUGCUAACCACAAGGCACAGGUGAAUGAGGCACUGAAAAGUCCUGCUCACAUGAUAGAGGCUGAUGUCCUUCUUCCAAGUGAUGAAUCAGAAUAUAGCCAACCAAUCAUGGCCCAUCCUCCUGAAACAAAUAGUGAUAAUACUUUACAGGAAUGGCUGACUGAAGUUAUAAAAAGCAAUAAAGGCAUCAAACUGGAUUUUAAGAGUCUAGCAGCUGUAGAACCAUCCAUGAUGCUCCUGGAAAAAGUGAAGAGGCAUCUGCAGCGUCCUGUGUGGAUUAAUGCUGAUAUUCUUCCUGGUCCAAAUGGAAAUAGCAGAGUAGUGGAUGCAAAACCUUUUAUAGACACAGUGACAUCCUUCUUUCCAGAUGUGACGUUUUCCCUGGGUUGGACAACAGGAUGGCAUCCUGAGAAAGUCAAUGAAGGUUACAGUUGGACAAUGGUGAAAGAAAUGGAAUAUAUAUGUAAGGACCUAAAUCUGCCUGUAACAUUUCCUGUCAGAGCAGCAUUAGUUAGGCAGUCUUGUUCUCAGUUACUCUGGCUGUUAAAGAAAUCAAACAGGUACAGCCUGACUAUUUGGACUGGGAAAAAUGAUAACUAUUCCAUUGAAGAUUUACUUUGCAUUAGAGACCAUUUUGACAAAAAACAAGUUUUCUAUGACAUCUUGGAACCACAAAACCAUGAAUUUAAACAAGCCAUUGGAGUCAAAGUUAAUCUCUAAGAAGAUUCUUCUAAGUUAUUUCAUGUUUUGGUUUCAUAAUCCCCUGCUUUGGUCUGAACUAAUUACCACAUAAAUUAUGAUGAUUGAUUUAUUCUCCACAUCAUCUAAUCAAAGAACACUUAGUGCUUACUUUAUUAGGCAUAUAUCCUUAUGAUACUGUACUUACUUAAAAGAUUUGGAAAGAAGAGGGGUGCCUGGGUGGCUCAGUCAGUUAAGUGUCCAACUUUGGCUUGGGUCAUGAUCUCACAGCUCAUGGGCUCAAGCCCCAUGUCCAGCUCAUGGGUUCAAGCCCCAUGUCAGGCUCUAUGCUGACAGCUCAGAGCCUGGAGCCUGCUUCUGUCGCUCUCUGCCUCUACCCCACUCAUGCUGUGUCUUUCUCUCAAAUAUAAAUAAACAUUCAAAUUUUUUAAAAAAGAUUUGGAAAUAAGAUAUUUCAGUGGACCUGUUCUAAUAAUAAUUUAGGAAGAUUAUGCUUUAAAAAUCUUUAUAAAAGUAUGAUUUUGAUAUACCGAAGGUAAUUGAAAGAAUUUACAUGUUAUAGCUUGGAUAUAAAUCACAUUUCGUUGCCACUUGUAUUACAGAGAUUCAACAAAACUCUGGCACCCUCUUUCUUUUUUCCUGGAGAACUGGUUAUUUCAGAAAUUACAGAAGAGUAAGAGGGCUUUAAAAAUGUUCUAACUUUCACACAGGUGAGCACCUUUCUCAUGACAGAAUAAAAUCCACUUACUGAAAACAAUAUAGAUUAAAUUAGAUGGAUCUAACAUUUCCAUAUUGUUGGGAGCAUGCUGGCAACUGUGUAUGUAUUUUGUAUUCUUGAUUUCCAUCAUAAUAUUUUAUCUCUAGUGAGUACAAUACUACUGGAGAGCAUAAUUUUUUUUUUUUAUUUAGCCACAUGGUUUCUUUUUUUUUAUGAUACAAUUUAUUGUCAAAUUGGCUUACAUACAACACCCAGUGUUCAUCCCAACAAGUGCCCUCCUCAAUGCCCAUCACCCAUUUUCCAAUCUCCCCCACCCCCAUCCACCCUCAGUUUGGUCUCUGUAUUUAAGAGUCUCUUAUGGUUUGCCUUCCUCCCUCUCUGUUUGUAACUAUUUUUUCCCCUUUCCCUCCCCCAUGGUCUUCUGUUUAGCUUCUCAAGAUCCACAUAUGAGUGAAAAGAUAUGGUAUCUGUCUUUCUCUGCCUGGCUUAUUUCACUUAACAUAAUACCCUUCAGUUCCAUCCACAUUGCUGCAAAUGACCAGAUUUCAUUCUUCCUCAUUGCCAAGUAGUAUUCCAUUGUAUAUAUAAACCACAUCUUCUUUAUCCAUUCAUCAGUUGAUGGCCAUUUAGGCUCUUUCCAUAAUUUGGCUAUUGGUGAGUGUGCUGCUAUAAACAUUGGGGUACAAGUACCCCUAUGCAUCAGCACUCCUGUAUCCCUUGGGUAAAUCCCUAGCACUGCUAUUGCUGGGUCAUAUUUUUAAUUUUUUGAGGAACCUUCACACUAUCUUCCAGAGCAGCUUGAAGAGUAGAAUUUUAAUCCUAGUGACACAUCAUUUGAUUUUCAUUUCUCACCAGCACCACCUUAGUUCAGGCCCUUAUUUUACUGCUAGAACUUAAACCUGUUCUUCAUGUCUUCAUUGUUCACACUCUACUCAGAGAUGGUCUGAGUAUUUCUGCUGAAGAAAGCUUUUUAAGUGCCUCUUGCAAAUUAGAAACCUCCAGGGGCCUCUUACAUGCAACUUUAUUGAAUUUUACUCUUAAAGACCAUCCACAAUGUAGCCCACUCUAAAAGUCAAUUCAGUGACCUUCAGUGCUUCAUUUCAAAAAUGCCUGCAACAGCAAUGGUCUCCAGACCUUCCUUUAACAGUUAAUUUUAACUAUUUAAUAUUGUUCACUAAUUAUGUCAUACAUGUUAGUUAUAUUUCUUCAGCUAGGUUAUAAAGCCCUUCAUGGUAAGGAUGCAUUCUUAACUGUCCUUUAUAGUAUGUGGCUUAGUCUUGAGCAAGGUAUUCAGAAAAACAUGUACUUCUUUCAUUUAUUAAAAAGAAACUUACUAAUGAAUGUCCUAAGAUAUGUAAUUUGCCUUGGUUUUUCAGCCAUUUUCUCCCAGAAGAUAAAGUGGUAUAUAGUGAAAAUAUAAUUUUGAAUUCAGAUAGACUUCCCUUACAGCCCCACCUCUGUCCCUUACUAGCUAUAGAUUUUUAGAAAUAUUUAACCUCAUUGAAUCUUGAUUUACUUAUCUAUAAAAUGCAGGGAAAAUGAGGAUUUUCUUGUAGUUGUUAUGAAGAUUGAGAUUCAUGUAAUAGAGGAUCUAGCUCAAUGCUCAACGCAUAGUAAGUACUCAACAGACAAGGUUAGUUCCCUUCUUCUAGACUUGUCAUAUGAUCAUAUCCAUUGUAGAUAAAUACAGUGAGGAGUAUAACAUGAAACAUUGUAGACAUAGAAGUAUUUAAAGAAGACAAUUAUAUUUCCACUUUAAAUUUUAGCUCCAACUAAAUACAGUCCUAUUUGUCAAAUAAUACCUAAAACUUCACUUUCUAUGGUUGUUUGCCAAAAACAAAAGAUAAAAUUUUAUAAUUACAAAAUUUUAACAAUUGGAACAAAGAAUAAUUUAAAAUUAUAAUAAAAAGUAAAGCUUAGUUUACAAAUUUUCUAAAUGAACUGCAUUUCAAUGAGGUUUUAAAUAAAAUUUCAUUUGUCCAGAAGAUUAUUUUUGCUACUUGAUUUUUUGACCCUUGAUAAUAGCUUUAAAAAUAUUAAUCUUAAGGCAAAAUUCUUUUAUUUUGAGAACUUUAUCAGCUGAGUAUCACUUAGAUUAAGAUUUAAAGCUGUAUUUACUAUCAACAAUAGCCAAAGUAUAGAAAGAGCCCAAAUAUCCAUUGAUGGAUGAAUGGAUAAAGAAGAUGUGGUUUAUAUACACAAUGGAGUAUUAUUUGGCAAUCAAAAAGAAUGAAAUCUUGCCAUUUGCAACUACGUGGAUGGAACUGGAGGGUAUUAUGCUAAGUAAAAUUAGUCAGAGAAAGACAAAAAUCAUAUGACUUCACUCAUAUGAGCACUCUAAGAGACAAAACAGAUGAAUAUAAGGGAAGGGAAACAAAAAUAAUAUAAAAACAGGGAGGGGGACAAAACAGAAGAGACCCAUAAAUAUGGAGAACAAACUGAGGGUUACUGGAGGGGUUGUGGGAGGGGGGAUGGGUUAAAUGGGUAAGGGCACUAAGGAAUCUACUCCUGAAAUCAUUGUUGCACUAUAUGCUAAUUUGGAUGUAAAUUAAAAAAAAAUUUUUUUUAAGUUUUGAAAAGACAAAUAAAACAAAACAAAGAAUUCAUCAGUUGCCUUAUAGAGUUAAGGUACAAAUUCUAAUUCAUCUCUAUAUCCUAAUUUUAAAAAAUGGAAAUUUUAUAAAUGAUACAAUAAAAAAUGUUGAAAGAC